AAGUGGACAGAAGGAAUCUGUCGAGGAGACUGAAGGGUCAUUUAACAAGAGACUUGUUACGGUCAGGCUACAAAACAGAGAGAACCGCAGAGCAUAUAGGGGUAGAGUGGACAGGCCGAGUGUGUGUGUGUGUGAACUGGGAGAUUCCGAUCCAGGAUCUCCGGAACCUGCAAGGUGUGGAGCUUCACACACACAAAGCUCUGCUAGGACUCCUCCUGAGCUACCGGAUCCACUCACUCAGACAUGGAGGCCCAGUUGGAGGAGCUGAAGCGUCAGCUGGAGAAGCAGUGUCAGCUGACCCAGAAACUUCAGACAGAGAAACCAGAACCUGGACAACUACAGGAGCUGCAGAGUGAAGCCGUGCCAGGAUUCCGUUCUCAGCGGAACAGCGUCGAGAGCGUCAGCGAAGUGCGGCAGAGUCGGGCUGCCGUCAUCGCGCCUGAACCGCUCUCAGAACACCUGGACAUUCCCAGGGUCAAAAAGACCACCAGCGAGGCGGAGCAGAUCAAACAUGCUAUCCAGAAGAACGACUUCCUGAGUCGCCUUGACGACGAGCAGAUCUCCAUGAUGGUGGAGCUGCUGGAGGCUCUGGACCGUUGCCCUGGUGAUGAUGUCAUCGUUGAAGGCUCUGAGGGAGACAGCAUGUACAUUGUAGCAGCGGGGGAGCUGAAGGUGACCCAGGCCGGCCACGUCCUGCGGACGCUUUCCUCCGGAGACGUCUUCGGAGAACUGGCCAUCCUCUACAACUGCAAACGGACCGCCUCGGUCAGAGCUGCCACUGCUGUGCGGCUCUGGAGCAUCCAGCGACAGAAGUACCGAACCAUCAUGACCAACAAGUCCAUUAGGAAGCGUGAGCAGCUCAUGGGAUUCCUAAAGACUGCCCAGACUCUGAAGGCGCUGAAUGACCUGCAGCUCUCCAAAAUCAUCGACUCCAUGGAGGAGGUGAAGUUCCAGAAGAGUGAGGUGAUUGUGCGAGAGGGUGCGGAGGGGAACACCUUCUACAUCAUCCUGGAUGGCGAGGUGCUGGUGACAAAGAAGGUGAACGGCCAGCAGAAGACCAUCCGCAGAAUGGGCCAAGGAGAGCACUUUGGGGAGCUAGCCCUCAUACGUGAGAUCCUGAGGACAGCAACGUGCACAGCCCUGGGUCCCGUCACAUGCUUCUGCAUCGACAAGGAAGUCUUUGAAGAGACCAUCCCCAUUGAGAAUCUGGAACUGCAUGAUGAACUCAAAGUACUGGAGCCGUCACCUGAGCCUGAGGAUGUCCAGCCUGGUGCGUCCCUGCGGCUGAAGGACCUGGUCCCGGUGUUCUACCAGGAAGGCCGUUACCAGGGCGACCCUGUCACUCUUGGAGUGGGGGGGUUUGGGCGCGUCGCACUGGUCACCACAAAGCAUUCUGGGAAGUACUAUGCCGUAAAAAAAGUCAGCAAAAAGCACAUCGUUGCCAAGCGUCAAGAGGGCCACGUUCUGUUUGAGAAGCGAAUUCUACAGAUCAUUCAGUGUGAUUUCAUUGUAAAGUUGCACGCCGCGUUCAAAGACUCCCGCUACAUCUACAUGGUCAUGGAGUACUGUGGAGGAGGAGAGAUUUGGACCAAACUCAAGGAAGUUGGGCGUUUUGAUGAGCCGGUGGCGGUGUUCUGUACAGCGUGUGUGGUGGAGGCGUUCGCGUACCUGCAUAAGAAGGGCAUUAUGUACCGAGACCUGAAGCCUGAGAACCUACUGCUAGAUGAACGAGGAUACAUCAAACUGGUGAAUGGACAAUCCACACACACACACACACACACACACACACUCACACACACUCAUACACACAUCACACAGACACACUACAUAUUUGAGGUCACAUCCAGAACCCGCGAGACCGCGACUUCCUUGCCCGACUUCUGGUCACUCGGUGUGCUCGUCUACGAGCUGUUGGUUGGGAGCCCCCCAUUCUCCAGCUCCGAGCCCCAGAAGAUCUACUCCAAGAUCCUGGACGGCGUGGUCAAGUUCCCCCCUCACAUGAGCGAGGCCGCCCGCUCCCUCAUCAGCAAACUCUGCAGACCUCGUCCAGGCCAGAGACUCGGAAACACAAAGAAUGGAAUCAAAGAUGUCCGACAUCACAGAUGGUUCAGCACUGUUAACUGGCACAAGUUGAGAAUGGGACAAGUCGAGGCUCCCCCACCACGUGUGUGUGUUCAGGGACCAUGCUACAUCAACUUCGACCGCUUCCCGCAUGACAAGACCCAGGCUGAGGAGGAGUUCUCGGGGUGGGACAAAGACUUCUGAGCUUGCUGGCGUUCUGGAACCUUCCACCCUGCGCGGGGUUCUGCAAGUGGAAUGGGGAGAAGAAUG